AGCGAGUGAAAAUGAAAGUAUGUGAUCACGAAUCAGGUUGUUGUUCGACAUCAUGAGCAUGUUGUUCUUCUCGUUCGAUUGAAUUUGAAUUUCCUCUAAUUACAACAAUCAACCUAGGGUUUUGUUCGUGUUUCAUGAAUAAGAUCAAAUCUUUGUUUCCCUCCUCCAUAGCCAACACUAUGGAGGGCCAGAACAUAACGGAUGAGGAGCUGGACAAGCAUAUCACGACCCUGCUUGAGGUCCGCAAUACCAAGAGCAAGUACCAGGCGCGGCAGAACAUUGCGAGCGUGAUUCUGACGGAAUCCGAGAUCAAGAAGCUGCUGUAUGGCGUUCUCAAACGUUACAUCCUCAACUGUUACAUGGAUUUUUAUCGAUGCAAGAACGGCAAAACUAAAAGCCAAAGGGGCGGCCUUGCGCGUAUUGCAUGACAGAUUCGGCGCAGAUUCUAAGCCUGUUUGGCUCUUCGAGAAUUUGUCAUGCGAAGCAGCGUGAUCGUGUCAAUUCUGAUUGUAAUUUUGCAUGCGACCCGGUGGCCUGACCAUCUGCGGAAAGGUGCCCUAUGGGUUGCGUUUGUGGUUUCGGUCGGUUUGGCAUGACAAAUUCAUGUAACAGUUGAGAUUGUAACGCUUGAGAAUCCCAUAUGCUGAACGCCACGCGGUUGGUGCUCCUCGCCCAGCCCGUUUUCCUGGAGUUGGAGGCGCCACUGAACAUUCUGGGCGACAUAUGGGAGUGUCAGGAUUGAAAUCGACAAAGUUGAAAGAACUUGCAAUGCAGGAAGCCCAAUUUUCAAGUGGUGCAUGACAAAUUUCCGCACCCUCUAAAUCCAGCUUGUCAUGCUGUUUAGGGACAGAAGGCGACUUUUGUCAUGCUACUUCAGCAGCUCUAUCGUAUCGCAGACGCAGACCCCAAACAGGCUGACAGUCGGCCUCACUUGCCAUCCCUGCAAGAGAGGCGCUUCAUGCCUUGCAAUUUAUGCAUGAGAAAUUAUUUCAACUUUGUCGAUUUCAAUCCUGACGCUCCCAUACGACAUUCACGGGCAGUACUUCGACCUGCUCCGCUUCUUCGACACCGGAGGAUAUCUACCUUCUGCAAAAGUAUCAUAUUCGUAUUGUAGUCAUGCAUUACAAAUCUUUUUCGCCCAGUGCAGUUAGAUGAUGAUAAGGUAAAUCAGCAUUACAAAUUUUAUUUCUCAUGCUGAGGAAAUUUGUAAUGCACGCUGUAUACGAGUGCGAUACUUUUGCAGUGCAUAAUAUCCACCGGAGUGCAACUACCUCUGCCUCGGAGACUACGUCGACCGUGGGAGGCAGUCGAUUGAAGUGAUGCUGCUCCUGAUGUGCUACAAGUUGAAGUACAGCGAGAAUUUCUUUACGCUCCGUGGAAACCACGAGUGCGCGGGGAUUACCAGGAUCUACGGGUUCUACGACGACUGCAAGCGAUACGCUGGGGGAAUUUUUUACCGGACAAGUACUUACAAGCAUCUACACAUCAUGAUGAUGAACAUGUUACUCACUGCAUCAUGAACGUGAUAAGAUACUCUUUUGAUAUCAUCGUCUAUACUUUAUUCCCAGUUGUUUGCAAUUUACUCGCCAGAAUGAUUUGAUACGAUGGUUGGUUGUGUGUACGGUAAAAGAAUUCGUUCCCCUCGUCCAUAAGCGGCGCUACAACGUGAAGCUGUGGAAACAUUUUUGCGACAUGUUCAACUGUUUACCGAUGGCGGCGGUGAUAGACGAGAAGAUUCUCUGCAUUCACGGAGGACUUUUAUCCAAGAAAAAAACCGUGUUAGUGUAACUUUCUUUGGCUGACGGCAUCACAAAUUUGCUCUACAUGACAGAGAAACCUUGUCAUGCGUUGCUUGUAAGGGAAAAUACACAUGAAGAGAGGAGAUCAUGGCUGUCUGGCAUGACAGGUGUAACUCUGUUGCCUGUUCUGCAUUACAGAGUUACACUUACACAGUUUUUUUCUUGCAUAACUUUCUCCCCACAUCCACUCUUUGGACGACUUGAAGAACUUUGUCCGACCCACGGACGUCCCGGACCAGGGCGUGCUGUGCGACCUGCUGUGGGCGGAUCCGGACACGACUAUUUCCGGCUUCGCCGAAAACGACCGAGGGGUUAGUUACAUUUUUGGACCGGACGUGGUGCAGGCCUUUGUCCGGAAGCACGAAUUGGAUUUGAUUUGCCGUGCACACCAAGUGGUUGAGGAUGGUUACGAGUUUUUUGCGAAACGGCAACUGAUAUCAAAUGUAAAAAUGUCUGGGUCUGGAAGAAUGCAAGUUUGUUAUGCUUGUCUGGCAUGACUCAUAAAUCUGUGAUGCAGGAGCACGAAAAGGGCCUCUUGUCUGUUAUGCAGAAACGCAAUUUGCCAUGCGGAAAAUGAAACACAAGAGCAGCUCAAAAACUUGUCAUGCUUGGCUUCGUAUUGCAGUGCGCCCAGGAGUCACAUUUUAGCAUCACAAAUUUCCAGACCCAGACAUUUUUACAUUUGAUAACUGAUCACGCUGUUUUCCGCACCGAAUUACUGCGACGAAUUCGACUAUGGAAGCGUCAGGUUUGAAAUCGUCAAAGUUGAAAUAGUUUGUCAUGCAUAAAGUGCAGCCCUCAGAGUGCCUGUCUUUCAGAGUAGGCAAGUGAGGCAGAUUGUAAGCCUGUUGAGGGGUAGAAACUGAGCUGCUAAAGUAGCAUGACAGCAGGCGUCUUCCUUACCCAAACAGCAUGACAAACUGGAUGUCGGCUCUACCCAAAUUUGUCAUGCGCCGCUCGGAAACUGGGCCGCAACUUUCAUCCAUUUUUAUGCAUGGCAAAUCUUUCAACUUUGACGAUUUCAAUCCUGACAGAUCCAUAUCGACAACGCGGCAGCCAUGAUGAAGGUUGACGAGACGCUGAUGUGUUCCUUCAAAGUGCUCAAGCCGAUGCCCAAGCACGCAAUCAAGGCCGCCGAAAAAGCGGAUGCAAAAAACAGCGUUUGCCGUCCGGCGAACUAGUAUUGAUAAAUUCAUUUAUAAGAGGGGUUUCAUUCUAUUUACAAAGACGACGUACUAGGGGUUGGUGCUGUUGAGCAGCAAAAAAAAAUAUACAAUAAAGUAGCGGGUUUGAGUGAUUUGUAAAAUUCUUGAAAACGAUUACGACACACGAUAACGAGCAGGUUACCAAAUAAAUUCUUGCGAUGAAUUGCGAUGAAGUUCACGGCGCCGAUGGUUAGAAACUUGAUACCCUUACAACGCACGAACUCUGUAUAUGGAGAAAGCGCAUUAUGACAGACGCAGACGAAAUCAAAAACAAAAUGUACAAAAAAGUGGUUUCGAACUUCUUGAGACUUGAUGCCAGGCUUAUUUUGCUUCAGGUUCAAAGUGUCAAUAUGAAUAUCCAUUCCCUCCGAAAGUAUUCCAGACGUACUCUAUUGAAAAUAAUUACAGAGCCAUUUAACUUUUGGGUUUUGGUUUCCCCCCUCAAAGACAAUCACAAGUGCGAGUGCUGAAAUUAAUAACACUGAACGCACAACCAGCGGCGACAAACUGCUAGUGGCUCAAUAGAAAAAAAUUAGAAAACUAGUAAGAGAGAGGCGCAGGAGCCAGAACCAUGAAUACUUGUAUUAGUAGGUCCUCGUCUUGGUCCCUUGCAAAAUUAUUGCCUCAAGGUAAUAAAGCUGAUAUCAACAGAACACGCGUAAAGAGCGACGACGCGGCGACGGUAUCCAUGACUAUGAAAAACUAUGAUACGCGAAAAAAGCGCGAGGCAGU